GGGCCAAACAUGACUAGAAUUGCGUAGCUGGCGAGCCUUUUUCAACGAUCUCCAACGCCUGCCUGUCUCAUGUGACUCUGCAAAGCCAGAGUUACAUGUGUUUGCCUGAAAUAAUCAUUACGCUCCCCUUUUCAUCGCAAAAUACACGCAGUCAACUGUCUGUAGAACGAUGUGGCUGUACCUCCUUGGCCUGGUGGCUCUUGUAUUCCUGUACCGCUGGUACAGGGAGCUUGAGAGAGUCCCAGGUAAAUCCAGCAAACACGUCUACAUCACCGGCUGCGACUCUGGGUUUGGAAACCUGCUGGCUAAACACCUGGACAAGCUGGGCUUCUGCGUCAUUGCGUCCUGUUUCACGGAAAAGGGGGAAGAGGAGCUGAAGAAGGCCUCUUCCGAAAGGCUGGUCACCGUCCACCUCGACGUCACCAAGAAGGAGAGCGUGGAUAAAGCAGCUGCCUUCAUAAAAAACCACGUCGGGGAAAAGGGUCUGUGGGCUGUGGUGAACAACGCCGGGGUGUCUGUGCCUUCUGCGCCCUCUGAUUGGCUCACCAUCGAGGACUACAAGUCCAUGCUGGAUGUGAAUCUGAAUGGGGUCAUCGCAGUGACCCUGAGCGUCCUGCCACUGAUUAAGAAGGCCAGGGGCCGCGUGGUGAACGUGGCCAGCGUCUUCGGACGGAUCAGUCCCUUCGGUGGACCCUACUCUGUUUCCAAGUAUGGAGUGGAGGCUUUCAAUGACAGCCUGCGCCUGAAUAUGGCACCCUUUGGAGUAAAGGUCCUGUGCAUCGAACCGGGUUUUUUCAAGACCAGUGUGACAGAUGUCGACUUGUUAAUAAAGAGUAUUCACAAACUGUGGGAAAAACUGCCUCAAGAGCUUAAAGAUGAAUAUGGAAGCAAUUUCCUUGAUCAUGUGAAUGUGAUGAUGAAGGAGAAGUUUGCAAAGAUGCCAGACGGCGACCUGAUGAAGGUGGUCAGCUGCAUGGAGCAUGCCAUCUCUGCUGUUCACCCUCGAACCCGCUACUCGCCCGGCUGGGAUGCCAAGUUCUUCUGGUUACCGCUCUCUUAUAUGCCGACCUUCAUCGCUGAUUAUCUGCUCCUUAAAGAUGCUCUCAGGCCGAAGAGAUCUAUUAUCUAGCUCUUUCUGCCACACAGCCCUCAGCAUUUACCUGCUGGCGUGCCUGAAAGAUGAAUUGUUUGAUGCCUUUGUAAAGUUUAUGCCCAUUUACAGCUGUGAUGAGUAUAAGUGACGAGUCUUGUGAUGUCUGCCAAGUCUGACCUAGCCUGCCCCACUGACGUCACAUAUAACGACACCUCCGUCUGGACACGGUCCCACAGUUAAUGUUAGGCCUUCCAAACUGCACUUACUGCAUUUUACACGAGGUGUCUGAUUGGUUACUGCCUUGUCAGACUCACGUGCCUCUGGCUAAGGGUGGGGAAAGGCAAAAAACGGGUUAACCUGACUGUUGUGAUUGGCUCAUGACUCAAUGGUCGUCUCAGCAUGGGUAAGGAACAUCCCAAGGGAGAGCCGUGAUGACAUAGUUGGCCAAUCCAAAAUCAGGUGACCCUUUCCAGACUAUGAAGUUACUUUCCUUCAGUAUUCUACAUAUGUGUCUUGCAGGCAGGCUGGGUCUGACCUAGUACUCUGUAAAUCAAGGGCAUUAAUUAAAGCAUAAUUUAUGUUAUAUAAAAGCUGGUUUAGUUAAAGUUUUUCACUGUGAACAGUGCCUUUAUAUUACAGUAAAAUGAGGAUAAUGGACCAGAUUAAUUAUGCCACAAGAACUUAAAUGUCAGGGUUAGUACUGAAGGGACAUUAGUGAAAUAAAUGGAUGUCAUUCCUUUAUGAUGAAAUAUAUUUCAAUGCGCUAACACUAGUUUUCUGUCUGUCUGGAUAUCUGGAAUGCAUUUUCAAGGAGAGAAGCUGUGCAGUGACCUCCAGAAUCUGUAGAUAGGCCCUGCGCAAUUCUAUGCAUAAGUAAGAUAUAGAAUGAUGACCCUGUAGCCAGACAGCUAUGUUCAACUUACUCCAGCUCACGCAGUUUGACCUGGGAAAUGACAGGAACAGUAACUGCUUUUAAUUUGUAUAAUCUUUUUUGCAUAAAAUAAAAUGUCUGCGUCAGUA